AUGGCAAGCCUCAUGCAGCGCACUGCCCCGCUGCGUGCUCGCUGCCCUCUCGAUCUCGGCUCCCGCGCCCGAGUCCCUCGCCGCACCUAUGCUGUCCCCGCGGCCAGCCAGUCCUCGCCGCGCCGCAAAGCUGCCGUCCCUCCCUACAAGAAAAUCCUGCAAAACUUCGAGGACGUGCGCUCGAUACUUGGUUCCCAGAAGCUGAGCUUGGCGGAAAAAAUCCUCUACUCCCACCUCGACAACCCUGAAGAGUCUUUGCUCGAGCACACCGACAAUGGCAAGAGCAUCCGCGGCAAUGCCAACCUCAAGCUCAAGCCCGAUCGUGUCGCCAUGCAAGACGCGUCCGCGCAGAUGGCCAUACUGCAGUUUAUGACGUGUAAUUUGUCUAGCACAGCGGUGCCGGCGAGCAUACACUGCGAUCACAUGAUCGUCGGCGAGAAAGGCGCUGAUACUGAUCUUCCGAACUCGAUCGCUGGGAAUAAAGAGGUCUUUGACUUUCUCGAGUCGGCUGCAAAGAAAUACGGAAUCGAGUUUUGGCCUCCUGGCGCGGGCAUCAUCCACCAGUCGGUGCUCGAGAACUAUGCCGCCCCAGGUCUGAUGAUGCUUGGUACCGACAGCCAUACACCCAAUGCCGGCGGCUUGGGAGCUAUUGCGAUUGGUGUCGGCGGUGCCGAUGCUGUCGAUGCACUCGUCAACGCGCCCUGGGAGCUCAAGGCCCCAAAAAUCCUGGGGGUGAGGCUAGAAGGCAAGCUCAAUGGCUGGGCGUCGCCUAAGGACGUGAUUUUGUAUUUGGCCGGCAAGCUCACCGUUCGCGGAGGCACAGGAUUCAUCAUCGAGUACCAUGGUCCUGGCGUCGACACUCUGAGUGCCACUGGCAUGUCCACGAUCUGCAACAUGGGCGCCGAAGUGGGAGCUACAACCUCUAUCUUUCCCUUCACCAACAGCCAUGUCCCCUAUCUCAAUGCCACUGGUCGCACAUCGAUCGUCGAUGCUGUACAAGGUAUUGCGUAUGGUUCAGAGAAAUACAACUUUCUAAAGGCCGACUCCGGCGUUGGGUAUGACCAGGAGAUCACCAUCGACCUCUCAGCACUGGAACCACACAUAAAUGGGCCAUUCACCCCGGACCUGUCGACGCCGCUGUCCAAAUUCAAGGACGCUGUGAAAACCAACAAGUGGCCUUCAACUUUUGGAGCUGGUCUGAUCGGCUCUUGCACGAAUUCAUCCUAUGAAGAUAUGACACGAGCGGAAGAUCUGGUUAAGCAAGCGCAUGCUGCUGGUUUGAAGCCGAGGUCUGAUUUCUUCAUCACUCCCGGCAGUGAACAAAUCAGGGCCACUCUCGCAGACAGCAAUACCCUCCAAACAUUUUCUGCUGCCGGCGGCACUGUCCUUGCCAACGCUUGUGGUCCUUGCAUAGGGCAAUGGAAACGAACCGACGGGGUGGAGAAGGGCGAAGAGAACGCGAUCUUGUGCUCGUAUAACCGAAACUUCCCUGGCCGCAACGAUGGCAACCGCAAGACGAUGAGCUUUUUAGCUUCCCCUGAGCUCGUGACAGCCAUGUCGUACUCUGGCUCCACUUCCUUCAACCCCAUGACGGACUCGAUCCCUCUACCAUCAGGCGAAGAAUUCAAGUUCCAGCCUCCAAAAGGCACUCGGCUGCCCGGCUCCGGCUUCUCCAUCGGGAACCCGGAUUUCAUGCCCACCACAGCUUCGCCCGACGCCGGUGUCCAAGUCGCGGUGGAUCCAGAAUCCGACCGUCUUGCCAUCCUCGACCCAUUUGAGCCAUACGGGGAAGGCGAGCUCACAGGUUUGAAGGUCCUCUACAAGGUCAAGGGCCAGUGCACCACCGACACAAUCUCCGCCGCAGGGCCUUGGCUGAAGUACAAAGGGCACCUGCCCAACAUAUCGGAGAACACCCUCAUCGGAGCCGUCAAUGCUGAAACCGGCGAGACGAAUGUCGCCUACGAUGCCGACGGAACCCAGUGCUCCAUCCCCGAACUCGCUAAGAAGUGGAAAGAGCAGAACCAGCCGUGGCUGGUGGUCGCCGAGGACAACUACGGCGAAGGCUCAGCUCGCGAGCACGCGGCCUUGCAACCCCGCUACCUCGGCGGUCGCGUCAUCCUGACCAAGAGCUUCGCACGCAUCCACGAGACGAACCUCAAGAAGCAGGGCGUGGUGCCCUUGACCUUUGCCGACAAGGCCGACUACGACAGGAUCAGCGCUAAUGAUGUGGUGGACACAGAAGGCCUGUACGAUGUCCUGCAGAAUGGCGGCCAGGGCGAUGUCAGCAUCAAGGUCACCAAGAAGGACGGUCAGAGCUUCACCAUACCCGUCAAGCAUACGCUGAGCAAGGACCAAUGCGGCUUCAUACUUGCAGGCAGUGCACUGAACCUCCUGGCAAAAAGCAGCGCGUCAUCAUUAUCAUGA